ACAUUCUAUGUUUAUACAUAAUAGAUAUUCAAUUUCUUCAACCUUUGGACUUGGUGUACCUACAGACUUUGCAGGCUGCUGGUCUCUGUGGUGAUCAUUGCAGAAACUUCAAUGAAAUGAAAUUCAAUGGAACAGAUAGAUAUUGUGAUACUAUGAAGAGGGUUUCCUCUUUGUCACCAAUGAAGAAGAUGAAUAUCUCAGACCAAAGAGAAGAUGAGUAUCUCAGACCAAGAUCAAAUGGUGCUAGAAGUGGACCCAUUAGAUUACGUAUGACGAAGGCAGGUCCUCGUCUAUGCGAAAGCAGCAAGAAGGAUGAGGCUGCAGCUGCUUUCUGCCAAUCAUCAGAAGAAGAUCUUGAUCUAUACAAACAAUUUGGUAACGACAGAGAGUCGAUGUGGUUGUCUACAGAUUGUUCAUCACCUUCUGCCUUUUUCAGAGAGUAUAGGUGGUCUGAUUCAUUUCACUCAAAUGAGUUGUUGUUGCCUUCUUGGUUGUCAUUGCUGGCAAGAGAAAAUCCUAUGGAAGAGGCAUCUAAUUUGCCUAUGCUGAAAACUUCUCGAGAAGAAGACAGGAAUUUAGAGGAAGAUAUGAAGGAUGAAAAGAUAGUUACUUGGCUACUUAGCACAAAAUCUGAUUCUUCUCAGAGUCUAGAUUUCGAGAGGAUAGGUUUUCACGUCUCUUUAUUGAAUCUUGAUGGAGAGGAUAACAAAUUGAUACCAGGUACAGAUCCAAAGUUGGAUUAUUUUCUGUCUGAUUUUCCAAGUCCAUCUUACAAAAGUAAUUGGGGUCAUGAAUUUCAGUCAUGUAAUAUUAGUAGUGGAGCACAAAGUGAAACAUCAGUAUGUGAUUUUUCAUCAGAGCAUGCUUCUGAAGCUGCAGAUUGCUUAGAUCUAAAUACUGAUGAACCACUUUUCUGGCCAUACGAACAGAAAAUCACUUGGAAUUCUGAGGCAACUUGGAAUUACUUUUCCAUGUCGCCGCGGAAGGACAUAAGUAUAACAACUUUUGGAAGUCCACCAGAUUCAGUUCAAUUAAGCCACCAUGAUAGGAACAUAGGUCUCAAAGAAGGGCAUAGGAGAAGACUAGUGUUCAGCUCAGGAUCAGCAGCAUCAAAGAUAAUGGAAUUAAAACAAAGAUACAACAAGGGUGCACGCAGGACCAACACUUUGCCUUCAAGAUUGAGCAGGACAACCAAAACUUCUGAGAAAAUUGUACCUUUAAACAUGAAAGAUGAUACUGCAGAACUCAAAGAUAGAAAAGCUCAUGUUGAAAGACCAGUCGGUAUGGUUAAAGCUCCCGUAGAAGAAGGUUCUGCUUCAAAAGAACUUCCAAUUGAGAUGUUCUUGGACCUUGAUGAAUUUGACGGGCAUGAGGGAGUUGAUUCAGAAUUUGAUAAAGAUGACUUCUCACUGCAUGUGUCUCUCCGUUAGUUGGAUCGUCGCGCAUCGCUCAUUGAGCAGAGGGCAGGGGCAUAAAGUAAAAUCUGGAGAAUGAUAACAAGAUUGGUCAAUCUUUUAGCAGAUAUCUAGGUUGUUAUGAGCUUAAAUUUUGCUCUGGACGCCGCUGUCUUACUAUUUUACGUACUUGUACGUUGUUCACUUUUCUUCAUGUUUCCUUUCGUUUUGUUUCAGGCAGGAUUCAUGUGCGUCCAAUGUAUAGAGAAAAAUUGAUAAAUGCAUACAGACAACAAGUAUUU